AUGACGGGAUUUCCCGUCGUUAAUAACCCCUUUCUUUGUAGUGGUAAGUCCGUACCUCUGGAAAAGAAGCUAACAGAGGGACGUGAAUAUGUGGUUAGAAAAGGUAAGAAGAAGGCAACCUUUUGGGAUUACUAUAUUGAGUACAUAGAAGAUGGAACUAUACGAGCCGAGUGUAAGUUUUGUGAUAAACAUUUUGGUGCUGAUCCUAAUACUAACGGAACAAAAAAUCUUAAGUAUCAUUCAGAAAGGUGUCUUGGUAAUCCUAUGAACAAAGAUAAGGGUAAAGGAACGCAAACUGAAUUGUAUUUUCAACCUGGGGAUGGAGACAAGGACGACGAGGAUGGUGAUGGAAAACUAAAAUAUGGAACAGUUAAUUUGAAAGAACUUAGAGAAGUAGUAGUUCGUAUGAUUAUUGUUGACGAGCUUCCUUUUAGAUUUGUUGAGAAAGUUGGCUUUAAGUACAUGAUGAGUAUUGCUUGUCCUAGAUUUCAUAUUCCAUCACGUACCACUAUUGCACGUGAUUGUUUUCAGCUCUAUUCUACUGAAAAGACAAAGUUAAAAAAUAUGUUUAAGAAUUGUCAAAAAAUUUGUGUGACAACUGAUACAUGGACUUCAAUUCAGAGAAUUAAUUACAUGUGUCUCACAGCUCAUUUCAUUGACAAUGAUUGGAAAUUGCAUAAAAAAAUCAUAAAUUUUUGUCCAAUUUCUAGUCAUAAGGGUGAGGCUAUUGGAAAAGCAGUAGAGCAUUGUUUGGAAACUUGGGGUAUUGAGGACAAACUUUUUACUGUCACUGUUGAUAAUGCUAGUUCUAAUGAUGUUGCUUGUGCUCACUUAAGAAGAAUGGUGCAACGAACUGGAUGUGUUAGUGAUGGAAAAUUUCUUCAUAUUAGAUGCAUUGCUCAUAUUAUUAAUCUUAUUGUGUGGGAUGGCAUUAUAGAGAAUGGAGUGUGCAUUGAUAGGGUUCGAAAUGCUGUUAAGUUUGUUAAGAAUUCUCCUGCAAGAACAUAA